AUGACUUCGCGAUACAGUACCGAACAUACCGCUGCGCAACGAGGUGAGCUCCCAUGGACGCCGGAAAUGCUUGUACCGCCACUCCAGCAUCCGAAUUCCAACUGGUUCCCUUUUCCGGGAUACGUGCAUAUGUUUGCCAAGUCCGCUCUGUACGAUCCGGUCCAACUGGCGCAAUAUGGCUACAACCCAUACAGCAACUUCGUCGUGCCGCAAGGUCAUCCUUUUGCUAUGCCACCGUUUGAUUCGGUCGGUUUCCAAACUGAAAAUGUGGAGAAAGCACACCACGACACAACUGCCAGCCAGCCGGGCGACGUUUACGCUAAUUUCCGGGAAAGGGAUGUCGAUGGCAACUGCGAAUACCAGGAGAAAGGACCGGAACACCAUUUCCGCGGCAAACACAGUGUCCAGCAGCAAAAUUGUGUUUUCAACGGGAAUGCCAAAGCCGCCGGGGACAUCGUUGACCGAAAAGCACCUACGCGGUCAACGCGUCAGCACAAAGUCAAACGCAGCCGAACAACGUUCAAUGACGAUCAGCUGCGAGUUCUGGAGGAGCAUUUCAAGGGUGAACAGUACAUUAAUGCCACACAGCGGUUGGAGUUGGCCCAGUUUCUGGGAUUAUCGGAGGCGCAGAUUAAGAUCUGGUGGCAGAAUCGCCGCAUUAAGCACCGUAAAGCACACGCGAAGAGUGCCACACGAAGGGAGGCGGAUGUGCAGUCUGACGUUGUCCGCGACACCGAAGACCACCGUGAACCGGGUUAUUUGCCAAUGCCCAAUUGCUCUUACCCGUAUCUGCACAAUUAUUAACGUUUUUUGUACGAAUGCACUUCUAAACUAAAUUCGAAAGGAACCUGAACAGUGAUUUUACGUAGAAGUACUCAUAUACUCAUUUACGUAGAAGCACUCACUUACUUGAUGCAUGCCUGCGAGUUAUUGUUAAUUUUUGUACUAGUACUUACUUCUAUCGUUAUUUUCUUAUUAUCGCAAAUGACGAAGAGGAACUUAGUUGCAUUCAUUUUAUCGAAGUUUGUUCUUUAAUUUUCAUUGCGCUUACUGUGAUU